AACAAUACUGGAUUCUCGGCGGGAGGGCUCCUGUCAAGUCUCACAUUCUGCGGUGUGUCACGUGUGCUCGGCAGAGGGGGAUCCGUGCUCAUCAAUUGAUGGGCCAACUACCUCUCUCUCGGGUUACGCAGGCACGACCGUUCACUCAUACAGGUGUGGACUACGCAGGGCCACUCACCGUCGAAACGUGGAAGGGAAGAGGUGCCAAAACCUGUAAAGGCUGAAUCUGCGUUUUCGUCUGCUUCGCAACCUCAGCAGUACACCUCGGGGCGGUUAGUGAUUACUCAUCCGAGGGAUUCAUUGCCGCCUAUCGACGCUUCUCAUCCAGACGCGGCAUCGCUCACACCUUACACCCAGACUGCGGCACCAAUUUUAUCGGCGCGGACACAGCUCUCAAAAGGCUAUUUACCCAGAGCACUCAAGAACAUCAGCGAGUUUCUCACCAGCUCUCGCAAGAUAACACCCGAUGGGAAUUUAAUCCCCCAGCGACACCUCACAUGGGAGGAAAAUGGGAGGCCGUCGUAAAAUCCAUAAAGUAUCAUCUACGGCGCACCAUUGGAGAAAGCGUGCUCACCUUUGAGGAGCUCACCACAUUGCUCACUCAAAUUGAGGCAAUCCUCAACUCGCGACCUCUCGAACCAUUGAGUGACGACGCAGACGACAUCUCAGCACUCACGCCAGGUCACUUCCUCGUAGGAAGUCCGCUCACCACCAUACCAGAGCCAUCACUCACCGACCUGGCAAUCUCAAGACUCUCACGAUGGCAGCUCAUCCAGAAAAAGGCACAACAUUUUUGGACACACUGGGCAGCGCACUACCUACAACGACAACAGGCCAUCUCAAAGUGGCACCACAAGAACAACGAGAUCAAGAUCGGAUCAUUGGUGCUCAUCACUGACGAGCGGCUACCGCCAUGCAAAUGGCCGUUAGCCCGGAUCACGGCCCUACAUCCUGGGAAGGAUGGUCUCGUCCGGGUGGUGACCCUGAGAAGACAGCCACUACCACUCUCAUCCGACCAGUGA